GCUGCUAACCCCGAGACCCCCGUCCACUUGCGGGCCUUCGCAGACUUGAGCUCAGAAGCAGCACAGCAUCAACCCACACCCAGCACUACAUACUCCCAUACAAACAGUCGCACCAAUGUCAAAGCACAACGUCAACGAGGUCACCUCCGACGCCCAUUUCCAACAGCUCCUCGAAGGCAGAUCAGCCUCCGUCCUCAACUUCUGGGCAUCCUGGGCAGAACCAUGUAAAGACAUGAACCAGGUCUUCGAGGAGCUGUCAAGGAAAUACCCUUCUCUGCACUUCAUUCAGUUGGAAGCGGAGUCUUUCCCAGAUAUCUCCGAACACUACGAAAUCGCCGCCGUACCCACCUUCAUCCUCCUCAAAUCCGGCACCCCCAUCGAACGGAUCGAAGGCGCCAAUGCACCCGCCCUGGCCGCCGCCGUCGCCAAAUUCGCUAAAUCCAUCACCUCCACCACGCCAUCAACGUCAUUUCCUCCCACCCCAACGACUACAUCAAAGGGGAAGGAUUUGACAACGAGAUUACAGGAAUUGAUCAAAGCGCACCCGGUGAUGGUGUUUAUAAAGGGAACACCCCAACAGCCCCGUUGCGGGUUUUCGCGACAGUUGGUGGAGCUGUUGGGGAAAGUGGAGGUCAAGUAUGGGAGUUUUGAUAUUUUGGCGGAUGAGGAGGUUCGGCAAGGAUUGAAGGAGUUUAGCAACUGGCCGACGUACCCGCAGGUUUAUGUUAAUGGGGAGUUGAUUGGGGGGUUGGAUAUUCUUAAAGAGAUGAUCGAAUCCGGUGAAUUCCAGAAACUCGCCCCCGCAGAGGAAGACCUCAACACCCGGUUGAAGAAGCUCAUCAACAAAAGCAAAGUGAUGGUAAGUCUCCCCUUUCCUUUCCUCCGAAUUCCUUCCCCAUCUCGUGAGCAGUUUGAUCAACACAUGUCCUCGCUCUCACUCUCCUAUCAGUUAUUCAUGAAGGGCGACCCAACAACACCCAAAUGCGGCUUCUCGCGCCAGAUCACGGCGCUGUUGAAGGAACAGGGGGUGGUGUAUGACACGUUCGAUAUUUUGGAGGAUGAGGAGGUUCGGCAGGGGCUCAAGACGUAUUCGGAUUGGCCGACAUACCCGCAGCUGUACAUCCAUGGGGAGUUGGUGGGCGGCCUGGAUAUCGUCAAGGAGAUGGUGGAGACGGGGGAGUUGAAGGAGGUUUUGGCGUGAAGCGGGGCGUCAAGAGGCUUUGAAUGGAUUAGGUGAU